CCGAAGGUAAAGGCGGCCCCGCGCGGUUUACCGGCUUUGACUGGAGAUUAUUCUCGCAAACGGACACCAAACUAGUUCCGAUAACCACUUAAUGUGUCCAACUGUUUGUCCCGAACUUGGGUCGAACAGCUGACAACCCAGCGCAACACACAGGAACAAACCAACUCCACCCAAAAGAAGAGCAAAUGAUUCAAGAAGAAGAUGAAGAUGAUGAGGAAACCAGAUCUUUACAGCAAGCAAUGGGCCAAGCUCCUCAAAGCAGCUCUCCUGGGCCGAAUGAGUCUGAAAUCGAGACAGAAGAGAAAUCUUCCGAUCUUCUUAUUCCUGAAGCAAAUGCGGAUGAUGAAAUGAUUGUAGUGAGUCCGAUAUCUGCCAGCGAGCAGCUUUCCCAAGAAUUUCAACUGUCCAGAAGCGAUGAGAUGUCUUUAACGGGAAAGGAAAGCGAGCAGAGCAGUGUCGUCACUGUAGGACAGAAAAGGGCUAACCUGAAAGUGAUUAUUACAAAGACUACUAGUGAUGAAGCAAGUGAAUCCGAGAGGACCUCCUCGUCUGCUUUCCCCAGUUCUGAGAACGUUACAGAGAGGGAAGAAUCUUUGCAGACAGUUGGUGCAGAUAUAUCUCGUGAUGACACCUCUGCGGAGGUGGAAUUUACAAGUGGUAUACCAACCAUUGAAACAGCGACAUCAGAGGGAGAAGCUCACUUUAAAAAAAGUGCUUUUUAUGUUUUGGUAGAGGAAGAAGAAAUAGAAGACGAUGAAGAAACAAAACAGAGAAAGUUUGAACGUAUAAAAUUGGAAUUGAAAUUUAAAGAAUUGUUUGGCGAACACAGUAGGUUUAAGCACCUUAAUAACCAAAUACAAAACAAACUAGCUAAUUACUAUAAGAAGAAAGCAGAGGAAUCAAAGAUUGAGUUAAAGAAGCCUCAAGCAGAUUAUGAUCAGCGCUACGGGAAAUUCAUGGACGUUCUGGCUAAGGUGCAGGAUACGUACAAUGAAGAGAACGAUCAUUUCCAGGAGCAGAUCGAUGAGCUCAGUGGUAAUUGUGAGGAGCAACAGCAGCUGACUGAUUAUGCAUGGAGGAUGUUUCAGUCCAGGAAGAAAGUUGUAGCAAAGAAUGCAUUGAACAAACGGUUAGGAAGGCAAGCAGCGCUCCAGGAGUUAGAACGGGUUCAAAGCAUUGAGGAGCAGAAAGAGAAGGAGAUGAGGCAGAUCCGAUUCCUGAUCAUUAAGAUGAAGAAUAAACUGAAGUAUUAUGAGCAUCAGUUGAAGGCGAAGGAGGAACUGGCUGAUGGACUCAAUCUGAUCGACUACGAGCAGCUGAAAAUCGAGAACCAGUCAUACAGUGAAAAGAUUGAAGAACGCAUUGAGGAAGUCACCAAAAUGAAGAAGAAAAUAGCAUCCACAAUCGAGGUGCUGACUCACAUCAAGGAAAAGCUGGAGUACGUGGAGAAAGAGAACGAGGAGAAGAAAAUUCGACUCAGGGAGGUUGAGGCGGUCGUGGCGCAGAAGAGGGAGAUCUUGACCAAGACCAAGCAAGCACGAGACAGAGUGCGGACAGCCAACCACGAGCUGAAGGAGAAAUGUGGUCUGCUGUGCAACAAGUUGUUGCUCCGCGACCUGGAGGACAACGUGGACGCCAACGAGAGACUGCAUCACCAGCUGGAGGAACUAAAAAGGCGCCACACCGACCUAACUCUCGACUCCUAUGGAAUCAAGAAGAAAAUUGAGUGGGUGAAGAUGGGACAGGCACAGACUUAGCGGGUGGUGAGGGAAGACUUUCCACUUCAUGCUGUUACGAUCAAUGUCAGAUGGCAUGUGACUUCAUUCUUGAUUCCUAUGUGUGAGGAGAAGACAUCGGGGCUGGUUAUACAGGUAUCGUAAGCCAUGAAAUGAGUACAACUGCAGCAGAUCCACCAAGACCUAGACUGGCCACCAAGGAGAAACCAGGGUUCUCAUCCACUGUAUGAUCUGAAUCUUGUUCAAAUACAACUAAAGUUUUGGAAAAUG